AUGAUUAGUAAUAAGGAUGAUGCUCAUGAAUGUUUUAAUUUAGCUUGCAAGUAUAUGAAAAAUGGAAAUUUUAGUCAUGCAAAAAAUUUAUUUUUAAAAGCAAAACGAAUGUUUCCCGAUAUAGAUAUAACAGAAAAAUUAAAAACAUGUGAAGAAGAAAUUAAUAAAAGUGAACAUAUAGGAACCGAAAAAACUACAUAUAAUAAUAAUACUACUACGAGCACAUUUAAUAGAGAUACUACAAAUAAUGUACAUGAACGAUUCAGAAAAAAAGAUGAAUGUUUAGAAAAAAUAUUAAGAACAAAUAAUUAUUACGAAAUAUUAGGUAUACCUAAAAAUAGUAAUGAUGAAGCUAUUAGAGGAGCAUAUAAAAAAUUAGCUAAAUUAUAUCAUCCUGAUAAAAAUAAAGAUAAAGGAGCUGAAGAAGCUUUUAAAAAAGUUUCUAAAGCAUUUCAACAUUUAAUAAAUAAAGAAAAAAGAUAUGAAUAUGAUAAUAAUAUAGAUGAACAUGGUCAACAUACUACUUAUAGAACAACACAUUAUUAUUAUAAUGAUGAUACGUUCACCCCUGAAGAUUUAUUUCGUAAUUUUUUUGGUCUUAAUUUUGCAACCUGUAAUAAUACAAACUUCAGAACUCACAUAAAUUCAAACAGAUCGUAUUCUAAUAAUAAUAAUACUAAUAGUGCUAAUAAUGCACAACGAAAUUAUUCGUUUGUUCAAAUCUUAAUAUUUUUAAUCAUGUUUCUUAUAUUCUUUUUGUCAAGUCAUUUUGAGCAGCCCAAGGCUGUGUAUUCUCUUCAGAAAACAAAUUAUUUUGAUACAAUAAAUUAUACCUCAUUAAACAAUAUACGGUUUUAUACAAAAAGAACUUUUAAUUAUAAUUAUCCUCGAAAUAGUCAUUCACGUUUUCAAAUUGAGUAUGAAGUGGAAUACAAAUACUAUGAGCAUGAAUGCCAUAUUUUAACAAAGAAAAUAAAAAAUGAUUACUAUAGGGAAAAAAAUAAAUAUCAACAAAAAAUUAAUUAUAAAGACAUCCCUGAAAGUUGUAUGAAAUUAAAAACAUUAGAAGAGCAAUACAAUAACUAUAUUUUAAAAUUAAAAAAGAGAUGA